GAGUACAUAAAUGAUUACAAUUGUAAGAUUAUGUGCCAACCAGGGAAAGCAAAUGUUGUAACAGAUGUGUUGAGUAGGAAGCCUGUUUCCCUUGCCGCAAUCAAAAUUAGAGAGUGGGGGUUGUUGGAAGCAUUUAGAGAUUUGAGAAUUCAAAUUCUCGAUCAACAACCUAGGGUAGUUUUAGCAAGUAUGAGCUUACAACUAUAGUCACUUAAGAGAAUCAAAGAGGCCCAGCAGAAGGAUUACUUGCUGCAAAAAUGGGUGAGUGAUGAAGAAAAGAAAAAAAAUCUUGGGUUAGAAAUGGCAUGUGGUGGUGUAAUCAGGAUGGGUCGUGGAAUAUGCAUUCCUGAGGAUGUAGAAUUGAGAAAAGGAGCUGCUGCAAUAGGCACAUAACUCCAAGUAUUCAAUUCAUCCUAGUUGUACAAAAAUGUACAAUGAUUUGAAGCAAAAUUACUGGUGGGAUGGAAUGAAAAAAGAUGUGGCAGAACUUGUAGCUAAGUGCAUGACCUGCCAAGUGGUAAAGGCUGAGCACCAGAAACCUGCCGUUGAACUUCAACCUUUGCCUAUCCCGGAGUGGAAAUGGGAGGAGGUGACUAUGGACUUUGUACUUGGACCACCUGAAACAAAGAAGCAGUCCAAUGCAAUUUAGGUUGUAGUAGACAGACUUACCAAGUCAGUGCAUUUAUUCCAGUAUGGAAGAAUCAUGACUUGAAUGAGCUGGCUGCCAAAUACUUCCAGGAAGUUGUUAAACUGCAUGGUGUACCAGUUAGAAUAAUUUCUGACAGGGAUAGAAGAUUGAGAGCUUUGCAAGAAGCUUUAGGCACAGAACUAGGGAUGAGCACUGCCUUUCAUCCUCAAAAUAUUUAGAUUGGCAUAAAGUUGCUAAGUUUAAUUGUGUUUCUGUCGAUAAAACAGAAUCUGUCCUAAUGUCUGGAAGAUAGGACAGGCUUUUAAUACAAUUUUAUCAUUGAAUGUGCAGGGAACUACAUUGAAUACUGCUGAGAACAGUUUCUGGUUUGACUAAUUUGAAUAUUUAUAGUUUGUUAAGCUAUUUGUUACUUAUUGAGCCUUUUAGCUCAUGGAAAUAUUGUUUUUCCCUGUUGUUACAGGUUAGUAUAUUAUAUAACAGCUUAUAAAUACUUGAGAAGAGUACUUCAACCAGCCGAAGACACAGCUUGGCAGCUAAGUUGGUAAUAUAAACUUGUUCUCUGACUAAAACCUUGUCAUGGCUCACAGCUAGUUCUAAACAAGCUGGUCAUGUAAAAGUUCUUUUGUGUACAAAACUUAGUUUUCUACUUGAAAAAUAGAGCUGUACCUUUUGUUGGUAAUGUAAAUAUGCUGUUUUGUGUAAUUAAGCUCUGGGGCUAGGCAUAAAUCAAGCCAAGCUUGUGGAUUGUAUGUAUAUAAAAUCCAUUUUGGAACUUAUAUGCUCGCUAGUUACAUUUUGAGCUUAAGAGUGUUCUUUAUGAAUCAGUGAAAUGAUUUCUAGAUUUAAUGCAGUGAGAUUGUCAACUCAUGAAUAGAAUUCCAUUAUUAGA